AUGUUCAAGUUUGUGCUGUCUGACUUCCCAUUCAUCGCAUGCUCAAUUGCCGGAUUUCUGGCCAUACAUGGACUACGCAAGAGAUCACUCUCUCCUUCAGGUGCCGCCGCCGCCUUCGUGGUCGGCUUCACCAUGAUAGCGGUCCCUCUGCAUGUGUUUGGGGCAUCGCUCGUUGUUUUUUAUCUGAUUGGUUCGCGUGCCACUAAAGUUGGCAAGCAGCUGAAGGCAUCGCUAGAAGAAGCACACCAGGAGGCUGGAUACAGAACCGCAGCGCAGGUGCUGUGCAACUCCGCAUCUGCAUUCGCUGCGUCCCAGCUGUGGUCAGCGUUCUUCGUUCCCGGCUCGGUGCUUGGAACCAUACUGUCCAACGCGCUAUCGCCGCAAAUGCCGUACGACUUGGUGCGCUGGUGUCCGCUCACACCUCCCGCGUCUGCAUCAUGGAGUCGUCCUCUGCUAUUUAUGAGCCUGGGGCAUUUUGCUUGCUCUCUGGGUGAUACACUUGCAUCUGAGUUGGGAAUCCUUUCGCGCUCUCCGCCAAUCCUGAUUACUACUCUUAAAUCUGUUCCUCCUGGUACUAAUGGUGGAAUGUCCGUUGUGGGCACGCUUGCUUCUAUCGGGGGCGGGCUUUUGAUGGGUUUGACGUUUGCAACGUCUCUCUUGAUAGAGAGUGCCGCGUGCAGAGCGCAAUGGAUUGAUAUUGUGCUACAACUUGCAACGUGGAGCACGAUAGCUGGCGGAUUGGGCUCGCUACUGGACUCCUUCCUCGGCGCGACUAUCCAGCGCACCCGGUACUCCAACAUAACGAAACGUAUACUUACGGACGAGAGCGGCAAACCUCGAAGCACUGAUGAUAUCAAGGUUGUGAGUGGUUACGACAUACUUACCAACAAUCAAGUGAAUUUGCUGUCUUCCAUCGUAGUUGCCCUCGCUCUCGGCACCCUGGCUUGA